GUCGUCCCGCAUAACGGGCGGCGACGCGUCCCCGGAUCGCCCCACGCCCGAGGCGCGCGACGCCGCGGAGUCGGGCGACGCGGCCGCCGGGACGCCCGGCGAGGCGAGCCCCCUCGACGCCGCGCCCGCGGUGGAGGAGCUGCUGCUGCUCGGCCUGCAGCGGCAAUGCGAGGAGGCCGAGGCCAGCUUCCUCGCCGACCCGGACGGCCGGCUGCUGCAUGCCAACGCGGCGAUGCAGGCCCUGCUGCCCCUGCUCGAGGCCGCCGCGCCGGAGCUGAUGGAUCGGCUGAUCGCCGAGGCCUGCGCCACCUGCGAGGAGCCGGCGCCGCCCGAGCUGCGCGGCGAUAGCUGGCGCACCCUGCCGCGCCAGCGCCAGCGCGUCGCGCUGCCCGGCGGCGAGGAGACGCUGCUGGUCGACCUCUCGGUCUGCCUCGCCGCCGACGGCAGCCUGCGGCUGAUCUCCGGCCGCCUGUCGCGGGCGCCGGCGGCCCCGACCGGCACGCGCCUGGAAGACAUGCGCGAGCGCUUCGAGGACAUCGUCCGCCUGGUCAGCGACUGGGUCUGGGAGACCGACCGCGAGCUUCGCCUGACCUUCGUCAGCCAGCGCGUCAGCGAGACCCUGGGCCAGCAUCCCCGCCUGCUGCUCGGGCGCAGCCUGCUCGACCUCGGGCAGUCGCCGCAGCUCACCGCGCUGCUGACCGAGCAGUGGCGACGGCCGUUCCGCGACGUCGAGGUGGAGAUGACCGGCCGCGAGGGGCGGCCCUACCUGUUCCGCCUCUCGGCCGUGCCGGUCUACGCGCCCGAGAGCGGCGCCUUCGCCGGCUACCGCGGCACCGCCCACGACGUGACCCGCGAACGCAUGCGCGAGCGUGCCAUCCUGCAAGCCAAGGAGGUGAUGAUGACCGAGGCCUUCGGGCCGAUGGGCAAGUCGAUCUACGCCGAGUACGCCCGCGACAUCCACGACAGCGCCGGCAAGCUGCAGCUCGACGAGGAGGAGACCGACCUGGCCGGGCUGAUCCACUCGACCGCCCGGCUGGUGCGCCCGCGCGCGGCCGAGAACGGCAUCGCGCUGGAGCUGGAGGUGGCCGAGGCGCUGCCCGAGGUCACCCUCGACGCGCGCGCCAUCAAGCAGGUGCUGCUCAACCUGCUGAGCAAUGCCGUCAAGUUCACCGAGCGCGGCGGCCGGGUCCGGCUGGCGGCCACCGUGGGCGCCGGCGGCGACUUCCAGCUCUGCGUGGACGACAGCGGCAUCGGCAUGACCGGCGAGGAGAUCCGGGUCGCCCUGACCCCCUUCGGCCAGGUCGACAGCUCCCUGUCGCGCAAGUUCCAGGGCACCGGCCUGGGCCUGCCGCUCAGCAAGGGGCUGGUCGAGCUGCACGGCGGCCGGCUGGAGAUCGACAGCCGCAAGCCCGGCGGCACCUGCGUGCGCGUGCGCCUGCCGGCCUGGCGGGUGGCCGGGCAGGCCGCGCCACCUGAGGCCGCAAGCCCCUUGCCCGACACCGGCCACGGCGGCCUGGAGCCCAUGCCGGACGUGACCACCAACGCCCUCGGCCAGCCAAUCGGCUGGCCGCUGCCCGACUGGACGCCGCCGCCGCGCCCGUCCGGCGAGACGCUGGAGGGCCGGCUGGUCCGCCUGGAGCCGCUGUCCGAGGCCCACGCCGCAGCCCUGCACGCGGCCAACGCCGCCGACCGCGAGGGGCGGCUGUGGACCUAUAUGGGCUACGGGCCCUUCGCCACGGCGGCGGCCUACCGGGCCUGGGUCGCCCAGGUCGCGGGCCAGGAGGACCCGCUGUUCUACGCCAUCCUCGACGCCGGCUCCGGCCGGCCACUGGGCGUCGCCGCCUAUCUGCGCAUCGACCCGGCGAACGGCAGUCUGGAGGUGGGCCACAUCUGCUUCUCGCCGGCCCUGGCCGGCACGCCGCUGGCGACCGAGGCCAUGGCGCUGCUGCUGCGCCACGCCUUCGCCCUGGGCUACCGUCGCUACGAGUGGAAGUGCGACGCCCUCAACGCCGCCUCGCGCCGCGCCGCGCGGCGUCUGGGCCUCGGCUUCGAGGGGGUGUUCAAGCAGGCCACCAGCUACAAGGGCCGCAACCGCGACACCGCCUGGUUCGCCAUCACCGAUCGACUCUGGCCGCAGCUCGACGCCGCGCUGACCCGCUGGCUCGACCCGGCCAACUUCGACGCCGCGGGCCGGCAGCGCACCCGGCUGAGCACCCUGACCCGGCCGAUCUACGAGGCCGGCUGCACGGUCGCGCCGCUGGGGGCGCCGGCGCUGGACCUGCCGCGGGUGAUCGGCCACCGCGGUGCGGCGGGACGGGCGCCCGAGAACACCCUGGGCGGCCUGCACCGCGCCGCCGAGCUGGGCGCGCGCUGGGUCGAGAUCGACGUGAUGCUGACCGCCGACGCGGUGCCGAUCCUGCACCACGACUACAACUUCGCGCGCACCUGCGCGUAUCCGCACGACGUCGCCCGGGUCUCCGCAACGGCGGUGGCCCAGCUCGAUGCCGGGCGCUGGUACGACGCCGCCUGGAGCGGCGAGGUCGUUCCCACCCUGGAACAGGCGGUCGAAGCCCUGCAGGCCCACGACCUGGGGCUCAACCUGGAGCUCAAGCCGACGCCGGGACGCGCGGUCGAGACGGCCGAGGUCGCGCUCGACCUGCUGACCCGCAUCUGGCCCGAGAACCGGCCGGCGCCGCUGAUCUCCUCCUUCACCCGCGACUGUCUGGAGGUGGCGCGCGACCUAGCGCCCCAGCUUGCGCGGGGGCGGCUCUGGGAGACGCUGCCCGACGACUGGCGGGCCGAGGCGGCGGCGCUCGGCUGCGCCUCGAUCCACCUUUGGCGCACGGAGCUGACCCACGCCCAGGUGCGCGCGGUCCAGGCGGAGGGCUAUCGCCUGGCGGUCUACACGGUGAACGACCCGGAGGAGGCGCAGCGCCUGCUGGAGUGGGGCGUCGACAGCCUGAUCACCGACCUGCCGGACCUCCUCCUGGGAGUCCCCGGCGUGAAGUGGGUCCUGAUCGUCUUCGGCGGGCUGCUGGGCCUCGCCCUGGUCGCGGCGGCUGUCUGGUAUUGGCUGGCCAGCAACGUCGAGCAGCCGGACUACCAGGUACUUUCCAAGGACGGGACUUUCGAAAUCCGCCGCUAUCCGGCCCUGGUGGUGGCCGAGGCGACCACCCGCGGCACCCGCGAAACGGCGGUGCGCGCCGGCUUCCGCCGCCUGGCCGACUACAUCUUCGCCAAGGACCGCGCCGGCGAGACGAUCGCCAUGACGGCCCCCGUCACCCAGCGGCCCGACACCGCGCCUGGCGGCGACGAGACGAUCGCCAUGACCGCGCCGGUGACGCAAGCGCCGGCGCCGGGCGAACCGGGCCUGUGGCGGGUCCACUUCAUCAUGCCGGCGCGCUACAGCCUGGCGGAGCUGCCGGCGCCGGGCGACGAGGCGGUGCGGCUGCGCGAGCUGCCGCCGCGCCGGGUCGCCGCCCUGCGCUUUUCCGGGCGCUGGCGCGACGCCCUGAUGGCGGACAAGGCGGCGGAGCUGCGCCGCCGCCUUGAGGCGGCGGGCCUGACGCCCGCCGGGCCGGUCACCUACGCCUACUACAACGACCCCUUCACGCCGGGCUUCCUGCGCCGCAACGAGGUGAUGGUCGCGCUGGCCGAGGCCGACGCCGUGCAGCCGGCUGGAGGCCUGCAGCGCCUGUGCCACCUGUUCCGCCGGGCGGCCGGCGUCGGCCUGGCGAUAGACCACCCACCAGUCGAGGCUGAGCCCCGGCGCGCGCGCGCCCGGCCGGCGCAGCGGGCGCGCCACCAGGGUGCCGUCGGCCAGCUCCGGCGAGACGGCCCAGCGCGACAGGGAACUGACGCCCACCCCGGCGCGCACCAGGUCGAUGAUCGCCUCGGGCAGGCCGACGACGGAGACGCGCUGCGGCGCCACCCCGGCCGGGCGCAGCACCGAUUCCCACUCGAAGCCCGGCUCCGGCCGGUUGGAGUAGGUGAUGUAGCGCUCGCCGGCCAGGUCCGCGGCCGUCACCUCCGCCUUGGCGGCCAGGCGGUGACCCGGCGCCAUCACGGCGACCAGCGGAUCGCCGCCCAGGCGCAGCCAGACCAGGUCGCCGCCCUGGCCCUGGCGGCCGUAGAGCAUCACCACGUCGGCCGUGCCGUCGCGCAGGCAGCCCAGCGGAUCGGUGGCGGCGCGGGCCACCAGGUCGAGCUCGAUCGUCGGGUGACGCGCGCCCAGGAACUCCAGGAAGGCCGGCAGCCAGUGGUAGCGGCUGUAGGGCGCCUGGCCGAGGCGGACCAGCGGCCGCCCCUGGCCGAAGCGCUCGACCAGCUCGCGCUCGGCCCGGGCCAGCUCGCCCACCGCCAGGCGCGCGGCGGCGAGCAGCCGUUCGCCCGCCGGGGUGAGCUGCACCCGCCGCCCGACGCGCCGCACCAGCGCCAGGCCCAGCCGCCGCUCCGCCUCGCGCAGGCGGUGGCUGGCGGCCGACUGGGUGAUGCCCAGGCGGUCGGCGCGCGGGCCAAUGCUAUCGCCCUGCUCAUGGCCCUCGCCCCGACCCGCAUCCUGAUCCGGCCGCCCCGGCUGCGCCCGAUCCCGCGCGACAGCGCCAGCCUCUGGCUGGUGGUCGCGGUGAUCGGCUUCGGGCUGGUGCCGCUGUUCGCGCGCCACCUCUUGGCCGCCGGCCUGUCGCCCGAGGCGAUCGCGCUCUAUCGCUUCGCCCUCGGCCUGCUGCUCGGCCUGCCGCUGCUGCCCGGCCUGCUGCGCAGCCCCGCCAAGCGGCGGCCGGCGCUGGCCCUGGCCGCCUGCGGCCUGGCCAUGGGGCUGGCCUGGUCGGCCUACCUGCGCGGCCUGGACCUGGUGCCGGUGGCCUGGGCCGGGCUGGUCUACAUGUCCUAUCCGCUGUUCGUCGCGCUGCUGGCCUGGCUGUGGCUGCGCCAGCCGCUGCAGCGCCGCGCCCUGGCCGCCGGCGCUCUGGUGAUGGCCGGCGCCGGCGCGCUGCUGCUGGGCGCGGGCGGCAGCCUGGGCAGCCUGGGCCCGGCGCUGCUGCUCUGCCUGCCAGCGCCGCUGGCCUUCGCGGUGAUGAUCCUGGUUCUGGUGCGCCGCUCGGCCGGCCUGCGCCCGCUGGAGAAGCUGGCGGCCAGCCUGACCGGCACCGUGCUGGGGCUGCUGCCGCUGGCGCUGGCCGCCGACCCCGGCGGUCUGGUCCCGGCGGCGCCGAGCGAUUGGCUGUGGAUCGCCGGCAUGGCCCUGAUCACCGCCGCCCUGCCGCAGGCGCUCUACAGCACCAUGGCCACGCGCCUGCCGGAGACGCGGGUCGCCACCCUGGGCGCGCUGGAGCUGCCGACCAUGGUGCUGAUCGGCUGGCUGGCCCUGGGCGAGCCGCUGGGCGCGCCCGAGGCCCUGGCGGUGGCGCUGGUCAUGGCCGCGGUCGCGCUGGCUCCG